AUGACACUCGGCGGUGUCCCACCUUUGUUGAACUCUGGGGACUGAGGUGGCUGAGACCACACUGGCUGGUUGGAGAAGCUGCCUCGCUGGAAGCGGCCAGGAGGGAGAUUACAGAGGCGCCAGGCCCAGGCUGCCAUGCACCUGCCGCGGCUCCAGCGGAGAUGGGGGGCCGGCCAACUUACCCCGCCCCAUGAUCUCAUGGCUGCGUUUGCCAGGUGCUGGCUCAGGGAGCAGGUGCUGACAGCGAGGCCUGGGCACAGAGCCCAAGAACGAGAUGUGAGGGCCAACAACACAGUUGUCCCCACAGGGCUCUGA